CAGGUUCAGUCCCCGCGUCCGGCGGCCGCGCGCUCAGUCUCGCUCGCACCUUCCGAGGCGGCCUAGGCGCCGGCUGGUGGGCAGGGCCCUGGCUGGGGGCUAGGGGCAGCCCAGAGAGACCUGGCUGUGGACCCGGAGCGCCCUCACGCCGGCUCCGAAAGGAUAACGUAGUGAGCAGGCGCCGCGCCUCCGGCUGGAUCUGCGCGCACGAGCGGGCGCGGCGGACGCCCGCGGGAGGCGUCGGUGCGGGGCGCCCGGCCCCGAGGCAGCGGCUGGGAUCCGCGGCGGUUGCUGGACCGCCUUUAUGCUGUACAGUCCAGGAGAGGUCAGUUUAAAAAUAAAUACGCACUUGAAUGUUACGGUACCGAGAGCCAGGCUGUGGCUGGGACAAGCUGCCUGAACAGCAGCAUCAAAGCCCGGAGCGCAGCUGUGUUGAAAGGAGUAAAAGCCCCAGAGUGCCGCCCAGGCUGACAGUGGAGUAAUUACAUUUUGGGUCACUUAGCCCGGGCGCCUUCCUGGGGAUGCUGAUGUAACACCGAGGAUGGAAGGCGCCCAGAGCCGCAGCGCAGGGAAGAGUGCUGGCCAGGUUUCUCCUCGCUCCGGAGGGCGCUGGAUGAUGUAACCGGAGCGACUGGCAGACCCCACCGCAUUCCCCGAGGCUGCUGGAGUAAAAUGAUGUGACGCUUCCACCCACGAGGCUCUCUUCCGAAACACACAACAGCGGAGACGAAAGCAGGCCUCCCCCAUCCCACCGCGUGCUAAGCAGGCACCCCCAGAUCCCACGAUGCCAGCCAAGACCCCGAUUUACCUGAAAGCUGCCAACAACAAGAAGGGGAAGAAGCUGAAGCUGAGGGACAUCUUGUCCCCCGACAUGAUCAGCCCCCCGCUUGGGGACUUCCGCCACACCAUUCACAUCGGCAAGGAGGGCCAGCACGACGUCUUCGGGGACAUCUCCUUUCUUCAGGGCAACUACGAGCUGCUGCCCGGCCACCAGGAGAAGGCGCGCCUGGGCCAGCUGCCGGGGCACAACGAGUUCUUCCGGGCCAACAGCACGUCGGACUCGGUGUUCACGGAGACGCCCUCGCCCGUGCUCAAAAACGCCAUCUCCCUGCCGACCAUCGGAGGCUCCCAGGCCCUCAUGCUGCCCUUGCUGUCACCGGUGACGUUCAGCUCCAAACAGGAGGCCUUCGGGCCGGCCAAGCUGCCCCGGCUCAGCUGCGCACCUGUGGCCGAGGAGAAGGCGGCGGAGGACGGCGGCGUGCUGGGGCACGGCGCGCUGCGCCAGGGGGACGCGUCGUGGGCGUCCAGCGGCUCGGCGUCGCAGUCCAGCCAGGGCAGGGACAGCCACUCCUCCAGCCUGUCGGAACAGUACCCCGAGUGGCCGGCCGAGGACCUGUUCGAGCAGCCCGCGCCCUGCGAGCUCGCCCAGGGAAAGGCUAAGUCCGAGGAGUCCCUGCCUGACCUGACGGGCUCGCUGCUCUCCCUGCAGCUCGACCUCGGGCCCUCGCUCCUGGAUGAGGUGCUCAACGUCAUGGACAAAAAUAAGUAGCGGCACAGCCAGUUCUCGUCCUUGUGGGGUAACAGGUAGCCGCACCAAUACCACCACGGAGACCAGAGCGCCCGCUGCGGAACAGGAGAGCGCCCGCGGCCGUGUUUGCCGCUGGGGGAUGGGUUUUCUAAAGUAACGUUCCUACAAAGUAUUUUUUUACCUGUUAUGCUCUUCCUGUUGGCAAAAACAAUGGGGGGGCGGGGGGGAGGAAGAGGACAAGCAAACCUGGCCGAAAGAGGAAAUGAGGAGUCGGGGCGCCUUUUCAGCUGCGUGCUGGUGUUCAGCUCCGUUGCUUCUUGGCAGACACAGGAGGAGUCUGGUUUGGCCAGGACUGAUACUAACUACGAAGGGCUGGUCCAGUCAUCCUGAGACUCCGACAUUUCCCGAGCAAGAGGAAGUCGGAAUUUAUUUAACACUUAAGCCUGUUUUUGUUUUUUUCUAGACUCUUUUCUAUAUCACAUUGGUUUGGGCUCAGCCUGGCAAAUUCUCCAGUGUUAAACGUUUUUGUCUGUUUUCACAUCUGAACAACUUUAUAGGCUUUUGGGAGAUUCUCUUGUACUUCUUAUAUAUAUAUAUCCCUAUAUAUUAUUAUAUCUGUAUUGCAAACUGUUGACCAUCAGCUACAUGUUGGUAAGACGUAAGCAAAGUAUGACUGUAACUAAGUUAUUUUUAAAGUUAAAAUAUAUUUUUAUGUGCCUUUGGCUUUUUAUUGCAGAGUCUACAUUUUAUAGAGGAUACAUCCAGUGUUGCCCUCUGACCUGUCUCCCUUGGGGUUCCAUUGUAAGCCGUGCAUGUGUCUGUCUGGGGAAGUAUCUUCAUACCUAGCUUUAUUUUCCCCCUCUGUGUGUUAUCAUACGAAAGUGUAAAGGCACAGGUUACUCAUAAUGCUUCUGCAGAGACUCUGGGCUACACCAUGCAAUGUUAUUUGGAAAUAUAAGUAUUUUAGUACAGUACAUACUUGCAUUACAUAGGUACUUCAUACAACACAAUAAAGAGUAAAUGUUAAAAUUGA